CAGGAGCAGCCGCCCACACCAACAGGCUCCUUUAAGAGGCGGAGCCAGAGCCGGCGGUGCGGUGCAUUAUGGGAUAGGGGAGGGGGAAUGACUUGAGGCCUAGUUGGUAAACACGGAGCCGGGGCCUGUCUUGUGUCGUCUGCGCUCUCCGGGAAAAAGACAAUGGCAUCUGGGACUGUUGAAAUAAUUAACUCUACCCCUGCGGGAGGGUCGAAUGAUGUAAGCUUGGAGGAACCAAAGAAGAUGACAAGAGAAGACUGGAGGAAAAAGAAGGAACUAGAGGAACAGAGAAAGCUGGGUAAUGCGCCAGCUGAAGUGGAUGAGGAAGGAAAAGAUAUCAACCCUCAUAUUCCUCAGUACAUUUCUUCAGUGCCAUGGUACAUAGAUCCUUCAAAAAGACCUACAUUAAAGCACCAGAGACCUCAGCCAGAGAAGCAGAAAGAGUUUACCUCAUCUGUGGAAUGGUACAAACGAGGGGUUCAAGAGAAUGCUGUUACAACUAGGUAUCGCAAAGGAGCCUGUGAGAACUGCGGUGCAAUGACACAUACAAAGAAAGACUGCUUGGAGAGACCUAGGAAAGUUGGAGCAAAAUUCACAGGCCUUAAUAUUGCACCAGAUGAACAUGUGCAGCCUACACUAAUGUUUGAUUAUGAUGGGAAGAGAGAUCGUUGGAAUGGUUAUAACCCAGAAGAGCACAUGAAGAUUGUAGAAGAAUAUUCCAAAGUUGACUUGGCUAAACGUACUCUGAAAGCCCAGAAGUUGCAGGAAGAGUUGGCUUCAGGAAAACUGAUGGAGCAGGUGAACUCCCCAAGACACCACUGGGAAGAGGAGGAAUCAAAUUCACAGACAGAAAGAGAUCAUAACAGUGAAGAUGAAGAUGAAGAUAAAUAUGCAGAUGAUAUUGAUAUGCCCGGACAGAACUUUGACUCCAAAAGACGCAUUACAGUCCGAAACUUGCGUAUUCGGGAAGACAUUGCUAAAUACUUGAGGAAUCUAGAUCCAAAUUCUGCCUAUUAUGAUCCCAAAACGAGAGCAAUGAGGGAGAACCCAUAUGCCAAUGCAGGCAAGAAUCCAGACGAAGUCGGUUAUGCAGGUGACAAUUUUGUUCGUUACACUGGAGAUACCAUUUCAAUGGCACAAACUCAGUUGUUUGCUUGGGAGGCUUAUGACAAAGGCUCUGAAGUUCAUCUUCAAGCAGACCCUACAAAACUGGAGCUCCUGUACAAAUCCUUCAAGGUGAAAAAAGAAGAUUUUAAGGAACAGCAGAAAGAAAGCAUCCUAGAAAAGUAUGGAGGACAAGAACAUCUAGACGCUCCACCGGCUGAACUGCUGUUAGCCCAGACAGAAGACUAUGUGGAAUAUUCUAGACACGGAACAGUCAUCAAAGGACAAGAGAAAGCUAUUGUCCGUUCUAAAUAUGAAGAGGAUGUAACUAUCAACAACCACACAUGUAUAUGGGGUUCAUAUUGGAAGGAAGGCAGAUGGGGAUAUAAAUGCUGCCACUCGUUUGUCAAGUAUUCCUAUUGUACAGGAGAAGCUGGGAAAGAAAUCGCUAAUACUGCAUCAGACUUACCAGAGGAAAAACCUACAGAGGAAGAGUAUAUGGCAAAAUCCAAAACGUUGAUGGAGAUACAUCAAGAAAAACAGAAAGAUGAGAAAAAAAAGAAAAAGAAGAAGCAAAAGAAGAGUCCAAAUUCAGAUAGUGAGGGUGAAGAGAAAAAGAAACAUGAAAAACUGAAAAAGGCAUUAAAUGCAGAAGAGGCUCGUCUCCUCCAGGUUAAAGAAAUCAUGCAGUUAGAUGAGAGGAAGAGGCCAUAUAACAGCAUGUAUGAAACACGGGAGCCUACAGAAGAGGAAAUGGAGGCUUAUAGAAUGAAACGCCAAAGACCUGAUGAUCCCAUGGCCCCCUUUCUUGGACAGUAAUUAUGUGAAAGACAUUCCAGCACAUAGUUCUUGGCUAUUGUAUACGAUACUUGGUAAACUAGUAACUGGAACCUUUCUGCCUGCGUUUCUGUAAAAAAACUGCACAAGUCUGCUUUGCAGAAAUGGCCUGGUUUUUGCCAGGGAAAAGAAGUCUAUGAAUGAAGCUAACGGCUGGUGCUAUAAGCAUACUAGUGCUUUCUUUUUUAAAAAAAGUAUACUUGGUACAGACUUGUACUACUGAAAGGGUAAGUUGAUACCUUCUAAAAUUCAUCAUAACAAGUAACGGGAGAGAGGAACCUAUCAAUUCAGGAAAACAAACUGCAUCUAAACCAGUUGGCCAGCAAGUGUCACUGUUAUGUAAAAAUUGAUGAAUGUAACAGACUAUGGGCAGGUCUUUGCUACCCACUGGAUUGGAGGGUAAUGAUCGAUCUAUGCGAUAAAAAUCGAUCCCCGAUUGCACUCCCUGUCGACUCUGGAAUUCCAGCUUGCGAGAGGUGGAAGCGGAGUCGAUGGGAGAGCAGCAGCGGUCAACUCGCUGCCAUCCUCACGGCCAGGUAAGUCGACCUAAGAUAUGCCGACUUCAGCUACGCUAUUCACGUAGCUGAAGUUGUGUAUCUUAGGUCGACCCCCCCCACUAGUGUAGACCUGGGCAGAGUCUACACUAGGGACCUCACAGCAGAACAGCUAUACCGCUGCAGCUGUGCCACUGUAAGAUCUCCUGUGUAGCCACUCUAUGCCAGCUCUACAGCAAACAGCUCUACAGCUGGCAUAACUAAACCAUCCCCAACAAGCAGUGGUAGCUAUGUCGGCAAGAGGCGCUUUUGUCGGUGAAACUUUUUGUUUGUUUGUUUGCGGGAUAUUUUUUUCACACUCUUGACCGACAAAAGCUUUGUUGACAAAAAUGCUUAUGUAUACAAAGCCUUAAAAGUGGUAGACUAUAACAUCUCUUAAGAGUUUUUUUGUGUGUGGCUCAGUGGGGGGAAAAGUAAUUCUUUAUCAUUUGAUAAUUUUAGGAAUGCAAAAAUGUGUAAAAACUGAUGUGAUUGGAUGUACAGACUUGGUUGAAUAUAAUAUAAAUGUUAAUGCUGUCUGUUAAUUGGGAAUAUUUGACUCUUGUCCUGAAGAGAUUACAAGAAGCUGAUAUUCUA